UUUUUUAGUUUGAGACUUUGGGAUUAAUCUUUCCGAGUUCUUCCUGCCACUUCCACUCCAUUUCCACAUCGCGGAGACGAGGGUCCAUCAGCACCAGGCCAAGUGUAACGGAAAAUGUGGUCGUCAAUGCUGGAAGCAGCCAAAAUGAGCCCCUUCGCGGGGCCCUUCUCACAGGCCAAGUGCCAGGCUGUCAAUGACGAGGAGAAGUCGUUGAUUCCGAGCAGGAAAAUUGGAGCUUUCAGUGUUGCUGAGGGAGACAGCUGUGAAUUCGGAUCUAACCACUACUUUUUACUAUGCGGUCUUGGUGGUAUUCUGUCGUGUGGGUUGACCCAUACGAUGGUGACACCCCUUGACUUGGUGAAAUGUCGUAUUCAGGUUGAUCCCGCCAAGUACAAGUCCGUUGUCACCGGAUUCAGGGUGACGCUUGCUGAGGAUGGAAUGAAGGGUUUGGCCAGGGGCUGGGCUCCCACCUUCUUCGGAUAUUCCAUGCAGGGAAUGUUCAAGUUCGGUCUCUACGAGGUCUUCAAGGUUUACUAUGCCAAUUUGAUCGGUGAGGAGAUGUCCUACGAGUACAGGACGAGCUUGUACCUGGCAGCAUCAGCAUCUGCUGAAUUCUUCGCUGACAUUGCUCUUUCACCUAUGGAAGCUGCCAAGGUUCGCAUCCAGACGAUGCCUGGCUUCGCCAACACCCUCAGGGAGGCACUCCCCAAGAUGUACGAGGGAGAGGGUCUCGGUGGCUUCUACAAGAGUCUUGUGCCCCUCUGGCUUCGUCAAAUCCCGUACACCAUGAUGAAGUUCGCUUGCUUCGAGCGGACCCUUGAGCUUCUCUACAAGUACGUCGUACCCAAGCCACGUGAGUCCUGCAGCAAGGGCGAACAGCUCGUCGUCACCUUCGCUGCUGGGUACAUCGCUGGUGUGUUCUGUGCCAUCGUCUCUCAUCCCGCUGAUUCCGUCGUUUCCAAGCUCAACCAAGAGAAAGGAGCAUCUGCAGGUCAGGUCCUCAAGAAACUAGGUUUCGCCGGUGUCUGGAAGGGUCUUGCUCCCAGGAUCGUGAUGAUUGGUACUCUGACAGCAGCCCAAUGGUUCAUCUACGACGCAGUCAAGGUCUACCUCCGUAUGCCACGACCACCACCACCAGAGAUGCCCGAGUCUCUCAAGAAGAAGUACGGGCUCGCCUAAGGAACCCAAUCUCCAGGCGCGGUUGUAUCCAACGCCGCAUAGACAAUGAAUAAAGGAAAAUUGAGAAAAUGAAGAACAAAAAAAUGGAAAAAAAACAUUAGAAAAAUUUCACAUCUUAUAAAAUCCUUCCUCGGGGAAUUCACUCGCCUAGAUAGUUACGAUUAACGAAUCUUCAUUAAGUGCUCAGUAUUCUUAAUUUCAAUAAAAAUUUCACCCUAUUUCCCGUUUUUUUGGGGAUUCAAUGACAAUUGCGAGUCACACUGCCGCGUUUGAAAAAUUGAGGAUUUUGCAUUGGCUGAGAUGUUUCAGUUUUUAUUUUUUAUCCGAUUGAGACGUUCAGUUGCAUUAACAUGUUCCGCAGGUUGAGAUUGUCAUUUUGGGUUCUGUAUAUUGAAUAUUGCGUAGAUAUUCAAUCCGUUGUUCUGUACAUAGGGUGUUCAGUGAAUAAAAGUGGAUACGAUUGCUCCAUAA